AUGGGGCCGCGGCGGCGCCUGGCGGCCGCGCUGCUGCCGCUGCCGGCCCGGCGGGGGGGGGCCGGGCUGGGGGGGGCCCUGCUGGGGGCCGCCCUCCUCGGGGGGGUCCUGCUGGCGGCCGCCCGCGCCCACCCGGACCCGGACCCGGACCAGGACCAGGCCGAGCCCUGCCGAGCUUGCCGCGGCCUCGCCGACAGCUUCAGCAGGGGCCUGGAGCGGACAGAGCACGAGGGCUUCGGCGGGGGCAACACGGCCUGGGAGGAGGAGAAGCUGGCCAAGUACCAGCACAGCGAGACCCGUCUGCUGGAGGUGCUGGAGGGCGUCUGCACCCCCUCAGACUUCGCCUGCCACCAGCUGCUGGAGCGGAGCGAGGAGCAUGUGGAGCAGUGGUGGUUCCAUGAGCGGCAGCAGCACCCUGACUUCUUCCAGUGGCUGUGCAUGGACAGGCUGGCGCUCUGCUGCCCGCCCGGCACCUACGGCCCCGACUGCCGGCCCUGCGCCGGUGGGCCCCGGCAGCCCUGCAGCGGCAACGGGCGAUGCGAUGGUGACGGCACGCGCCGUGGCACCGGCCUGUGUGUCUGCAGCCCGGGCUACGGUGGCCCCUUCUGCGCCGAUUGUGGUGACGGCUACUAUGAGGCCUCGCGGAACAAGAGCCACCUGGUAUGUGCCGAGUGCUACCGGGCAUGCGGGCGCUGCACAGGGCCGGAGGACUCCAGCUGCCUUCGCUGCAAGAGGGGCUGGGUGCUGCAUGAGCACCGCUGCAUCGACGUCGAUGAGUGUGGCACGGAGAUGGCACACUGCCGAGCCAACCAGUUCUGCGUCAACACAGAGGGCUCCUACGAGUGCCGAGACUGCUCCACGGCCUGCAUUGGCUGCAUGGGCGCCGGACCAGCUCGCUGCAAGAAAUGCAACAAGGGCUACUGGCGGGAUGGAGCCAAGUGUCUGGAUGUGGAUGAGUGUGCCAGCGCCGAGGAGCCGGUGUGCAUGGGGGCACAGGAGGUGUGUGAGAACACAGAGGGCAGCUACCGCUGCGUCUGCGCCCGCGGCCAUGUCCGGCAGGACGGGCACUGCGUGGAGGACAAGCCCCCUGAUGCCCCGGAGAAGGGCUUCUUUGAUGACGUGACGGAGGACGAGGUGGUGGUGCUGCAGCAAAUGUUCUUCGGCGUGAUGAUCUGCGCCCUCGCCACGUUGGCUGCCAAGGGUGACAUGGUCUUCACUGCCAUCUUCAUCGGCGCCGUGGCCGCCAUGGCCGGCUACUGGCUCUCCGACCGCAGCGACCGCGUCCUCGAUGGCUUCAUGAAGGGCAGAUAGCUAUGGGGCUGCCAGGUGCGGGCGGGGGGAGCAGGCUCAGCCUGGGGUGCAGGGCUGCCCCCCCCCAGCAGGGGCUGGCUGCCAAGGCCGGAUCCUGUGGACGGUGCUGUGCCCUGCAUGCGUCUCCCAGCCCCGUUAGCAUAGGGUCUCGCCUCCCCCCUGCAGAAUGAGCCGGGGGUGCCUGGUCCCCGGGGGCUCCCGCACAGCCCCCUCUGGCCGGUGUGGUGAUGCCGAGCAGUGCGGCACUGUGGGGUGGGGGACACAGCAUGCUGCCCCAGCCCCUCGUGCUCUGGAGCAGAGGCCCGGCACUGUGGCAGGUGGGAGGGCAUGGGGGCAGAUCGGGGGGUGCUCCACCGGGUGCCAGGGCGGUGAUGCUGGCAGCUCUUGGCCCUGGUUGCCUGGUGAACAUCCCCUGGGCUGGGGGCUGCUGGAUGUUGUGUGUCCCCCCAUGAGACUGUUCCCCAUGGGGCAGUGGGGGGCUGGGUCCCCCUUCUGCCCUGAGCCAUGGGGCUGGGAGAGCUGCCCCCCCAACCCCUCCUCCCCACAUCCCUGGGCAGAGCCCAUCUUGCCCCUCCCAGGCUGGGGGGGCCGGGGGCUCUCACGGAGCACAGGGUGGGGGGAGCCCCUCACCGCUUGUGGGGUGCCGUGCCAGUGAUGGGACCCUGCUGGAUGCAUGAGUGUGGCCGUUGCAUUUGUCCGUGGUUUGUCCGUUGGGGUGUGCCCAUCCGUCUGUGUGUCCAUAUCUCAGGAAAUAAAGCUCUGCACACCCA